AUGAUUGAACCACAGGACCGCGACAGUGAUGAACAUGAUGAAGCCGUUCCAUUACCAACCCUACCCCCUAUGCCACGAGAGCGGGUCCCGUUGCAGAAGAGCAACGUGUGCUCCCGCUCUUACUUCAUGGUGGUGAUGGUCUUUUUCCAUGUAUACAUCAUCAAUGUCAUUGCGCUACUCCUCUACGUGCACUACAACAACAGCCCUGGAGAGGUACUGGCCACCCCGAACAGGGACGAGGCAAGCGGUGGAAGCAAUCAUCACAAGCCCCCCGAGUUCAAACAGCAACAGUCAGAUUCUGGCUUUCAGCAGGACAUGUACCUUCCACGCCUAGAGGGCAUACGGGUGGGCCAUGUCCAGAAGUUGUCACUGGUGCCAGGCAAUGUGCAUGAGAUGCGGACCCUGAGUCUGAAGCCCCUGCUGUUUGAGAUCCCAGGGUUCCUGUCUGAAGAGGAGUGUCGUGUGGUGGUGCAGCUGGCCCAGCUGAAGGGCCUGAUGGAGAGCCAGGUGAUGGUGCCUGAAGGACAGGAGGAGCUGACGGAGCAGCUCAACCUCAGCCCUGAGGAGAUCUUCAACCUGCUAGACCUCAACCAGGACGGACAGCUACAACUCCAGGAGAUAUUGACACAUUCACGAGUGAGGGAUGGGAUCUGGCUGACACCAGAGAAUCUGAAAGAGAUCUAUGCUGGACUGAAGGCUGACCCUGACGGUAACGGCUUGCUGAGCCUGGAGGAGUUCAGGCGUCUGGGCAGUGAUGCGUUCCAGCGUUUCUUGCAGCAGCGCGGGGUGAAGAGCAGCCAGCUGGUCAGGAACAGCAGACACACCUGGCUGUACCAGGGACAGGGGGCACACCAGGUUCUCCGAGACCUCAAGAAGAGGGUGGCCCGUCUGACCCGGCUGCCCUCUGCGUUGGUGGACCUGAGUGAGCCCCUCCAGGUGGUACGUUAUGAGCAGGGGGGCCACUACCACGCCCACCACGACAGCGGCCCUGUCUACCCUGAGACCGCCUGCACGCACACGCGCCUCGCUGCCAACACCUCCACACCCUUCGAGACCUCCUGCAGGUACAUCACCGUUCUCUUCUACCUGAACUCUGUUGAGGGGGGCGGGGAGACCGCGUUCCCUGUGGCAGACAACAGGACCUAUGAGGAAGUGUCUCUGAUCCAGAACAAUGUGGAUCUAAUGGACACGAGGAAGAACUGUGAUAGGAGCAACCUGAGGGUAAAGCCUACUAAAGGGACAGCCGUGUUCUGGUACAACUACCUUUCUGACGGACAAGGCUGGGUGGGGGAGCAGGAUGAGUAUUCUCUGCACGGCGGCUGUGUGGUCACCCGCGGCACUAAGUGGGUGGCCAAUAACUGGAUCAACAUCGACCCAGACUACCAGCGCCAGGCUCGCUACCAGCAGCUGGUGUCACAUCAGGGGGAAGAGGACGAGGGGGAAGAUGAGGGGGAGGGGGAGCAGCCUCAGUCUCAGCCCAGCCCUGAACAACUGCAAACUGCUGACUCCCAUCAGGAACUGUAG